GCAGUCGGUCCGAGCGGCGGGUGCCUCCCCGGCUCUCCCGAGCGGCGGCCUCCCCGCUCCUUUCCGGCCAGCGGAGGCAGCUGCGGCGGCCCGGUCCCCCGGGAGGCGCGGCGUGGGCCGAGCGGCGGCCGCGGAGCGUCGAGCGCAGCGCGGCGGCGGCGGCGGCCCGGCAGCCAACAUGGCGGCGGCGGCGGCGGCGGGCGCGGGCCCGGAGAUGGUCCGCGGGCAGGUGUUCGACGUGGGGCCGCGCUACACCAAUCUCUCGUACAUCGGCGAGGGCGCCUACGGCAUGGUGUGCUCUGCUUAUGACAAUGUCAACAAAGUCCGAGUCGCCAUCAAGAAAAUCAGCCCUUUUGAGCACCAGACGUACUGCCAGAGAACGCUGAGAGAGAUAAAGAUCUUACUGCGCUUCAGACAUGAGAACAUCAUCGGAAUCAAUGACAUUAUUCGAGCACCCACCAUCGAGCAGAUGAAAGAUGUGUAUAUAGUACAGGACCUCAUGGAAACAGAUCUCUACAAGCUCUUGAAGACGCAACACCUCAGCAACGACCAUAUCUGCUAUUUUCUUUACCAGAUCCUCAGAGGGUUAAAGUAUAUUCAUUCAGCCAACGUGCUGCACCGUGACCUCAAACCUUCCAACCUGCUGCUCAACACCACCUGCGAUCUCAAGAUCUGUGACUUUGGCUUGGCCCGUGUUGCAGAUCCGGACCACGACCACACAGGGUUCCUGACAGAGUACGUGGCCACUCGCUGGUACCGGGCUCCAGAAAUCAUGUUGAAUUCCAAGGGCUACACCAAGUCCAUCGACAUCUGGUCCGUCGGCUGCAUCCUCGCCGAGAUGCUCUCCAACAGGCCCAUCUUCCCCGGGAAGCAUUACCUCGACCAGCUGAACCACAUUCUGGGUAUUCUUGGAUCCCCGUCGCAGGAAGACCUGAAUUGUAUAAUAAAUUUAAAAGCUAGAAACUACCUGCUCUCUCUUCCACACAAAAAUAAGGUGCCAUGGAACAGGCUGUUCCCGAACGCGGACUCCAAAGCUCUGGAUCUACUGGACAAAAUGUUGACGUUCAACCCUCACAAGAGGAUUGAGGUGGAGCAGGCUCUGGCCCAUCCUUACCUGGAGCAGUACUACGACCCGAGCGAUGAGCCCGUCGCCGAAGCACCCUUCAAGUUUGACAUGGAAUUGGAUGACUUGCCCAAGGAAAAGCUCAAAGAACUCAUUUUUGAAGAGACUGCUAGAUUCCAGCCGGGAUACCGAUCUUAAAUUUGUCAGGACACGGGCCCGAGGACGGCACGCAGACCCCGCGGCUCUCCUGCAGCCCCUGACCCGCCUGCCCCCAGCCCGUCUGCGUGUCCACCUGACUCCUCUGAGCCGUCGGAGGGGCGGCUCCUGGUAGUUGUGGCUUCUGUGCUUUCAAAGAACUCCCUCCGGCCAGAGCGCUGUUCUGGCCCCGUGUGCGUCGCCUCCGGUGGCCUGCGGCUGUGCGUCCCUCAGGGCUCCUCCCGCCCACCUUGCUUCAGUCACUAGCCGCCUUCUGCUCUGAGAGAUGCAGUGGCCCCUCCCCUCCUGAGUCCUGCCCUGGUGCCCUGCCGAUCGCGUCCCCUGGGCGCUUUACGGCAGCGACAGCCCCCUUUGCACUCCUGCCGCCUCACGUCACGCUGAUCCCUCACGGGCACCGGGUGUGGCUUCUAUAGCACUGUCUCUUCUCUAAAUGGGAGGAGGCCCGUGUCAGGCAGCUCACCUGCCCCGUCGGGGGCGCAGCACUUGCAGGAUGCGUCCCACGCGGCCCUGCCUGCUUGCGGGACUCCCGCCAGCAGAGGCGGCUCUCCGGGAUUGGGUAAGGGGCGCAGGCCGCGGGGCGCCCGCCCGACGCCUGAGGGCCAGGCGGGGGCACGCUGCGUCCUCCGGGAGCACCUGUUGUACACUUCCUUUCCUCCUGCAGCAUGUCAGCAUCCCAAGUUCAUCCUCCACCCCCGCUGUGACAGUGUGUGCUAAAGCCUGGUGAGCCUUGGCCGAGCGCCGCCCUGCGCCAGGGCCCACUCACGCGUGGGGCGCCUGCAGAAGCCCGCCCGCCCCCAGCCCUGGCGCCGGCUGCCCCGCCGCGUGGCGCGGCCCCCUGCCCCCGAGCUCUGCGCACAGCGCUCUGCCUGUCCAGCCGUCACUGUCCCCUCGCACGACUGUUGCAGCUUCUGUGCGGAGAUGAGUCCCGGUGCCACGCACCUGAGGUUGAAACGAAGCUCUGUUGUUACCUCUGAGUUGUGUUCCACGGAAAAUGCUCUCCAGCAGAUCACUUAGUUCUCGGUUCUCAGCUUUUCAUUUCUCAGCUGUCCUUUCUUUCUUGUUUGGAUUUUGACAGCAGUGGAGAGUGGGUUAUAUAAAGACUGCCUGCUAACAUGAACGGAAAUGCGCUUGUCGUUCCUGAAAAUAAACGGGCGUCCUCUAUCUCCGUGCUCCGUUAAGAUUCAGUGUCGAUUUCCUCUGGAUCGUGGGGUCCGAACCAACAGUCAGGUUCAGGCUGUGCUUAGACCAGGAAGCCCGGCGGGCCCGCUCCCUGCUGGGCGCUGCCCAAACACCUGGGUUUGUGUAAGGCCAUGUAGACAGUGUUGUGGAGGGGUUUUUUCCUCCACACGGCAGAGCAUCAGUUCUGACAUGCUCCUCAGAUCACAGGUCUGCGGUGUUCUGUCAGACUCUGAUGAUGCAGCCCAGAAGUUGCAAGUUGGGUUCUUUGGUUCUUCUGGAGGGUGGCCUGUGUCCCAGUUGAGCGCCAGGAAGGGCUCGCACCCUCGGGCCGGAGCGGGUGCUGGACUCUCCCCCCUCAGACCAGAACCGCACCUGACUGUCGGCCCUGAGAGCCGUGGCUUCACCUCCAUGCACGGAGCUGUCCAGUGGAGGCCCGUGGGGCAGCGAGAGACGAGCGUUGCUGUCCCGGGUACAUUUUAAAAGGAGCGCUGGCUGAUUAUUGCUCUUAUUUCUCUGUGCUUACUACUAACAUUCCAGAGUAGUGUUAGGAGGUUAACCUGCGGUUCGCUAACCAGACAGCCAGCCACAGCCUUGGUUACUAACCCCUGGGGGCUGGGGGCUUCCCCGCCCAUCGCUGUCCACGGGUGUGGUGGGCAGGAACCACUAACCCUGUGUGGGAGUCCCUGUAGCCUUUCACUAACCACGCCAAGCUUGGUUCAGCGGGUCAGGGAGCUGUCUGAACAAGGCGCCUGUGGUGUGUGAGGCUCACCCUUUGGGUCUGCCUGUGUCUCUCGAAACGUGCACAUUAGGUCACAUGAAUUCAUGCUGGUGACCCCAACCACCCCUGUGACUGCUUCCUGCACAUCAGCUUGGGGCCGAUGGCUUUCUUGGUGUCUAAAAUGUAAGCAAAAAAUUCCUCUUGAAACAUUCCAGUCCCUUCAGUGAGUAUGAGACAAGACCCCUCACGAAGCAGCUGGCGGGCCUGCGAGGGCUCCAGACGGCCGCGCAGACUGCGGGCGGGGGCGCAAGGCCCUCGCGUCUGGCGACGUGACCCCUGCUGCUGCGGCCGCGUGUGGGGGGCCCGGGGUCGGUCUGUCCCUGCGUCAGGUGGGGGCACAGCCUGCGACACGCGUGUGCCAGUGACGUGCGACACGCGUGUGCCAGUGACGUGCAGACGGUGCCGAGGAGACUGGCCUUCGGUUGCUUACGUGUCAAUACGGUUUUAAAUUGGUAACUUUUCUACAGUACAUGAUGGUGUGUAACACACAUACGUAUGCACACAUGCUUUAGGCCCUUCCACGAUACUUUUAUAUUUGUAAGUCAAUGUUUUGGACAAUCCCAAGUUUUUAAGGGAAAUAUUUUUGUAAAUGUGGUGGUUUUGAAAAUCUGAGCAAUCCUUCUGCUUACACGUUUUAAAGCAUCUGUGCUUUAAAAUUGUGCUGGUGUCUGAAGUGACCCUCUUAGCGCAGACGAGAGGCGUGUCCAGCAGAGGGAGCCCAGGGCCACCGCGUGGCGGCCGCGUGGCGUCGCGGGUCAGAGGCGGGAAGCCCGGGCCUGCGCGGCUCCCCUGGAGCGCGUGGCCGCCCCUGCGCGCGCUCUCCGCGCAGAGCAGUUGAGAAAAGUUCAGAGCUGCUUCCUGUCUGCUUUGUACUGUUGGUGCCUUCUUGGUAUUGUACCCCAAAAUCCUGCAUAGAUUACUUAGUAUAAUGGUAAGUUAAAAACAAACGUUAAAGGAAGAUUUUAUUAAGAAUCUGAAUGUUUAUUCAUUAUAUUGUUACAACUUAACCUUUAUUUGUGGUGUUUGUGAUUUGGUUAAUCUGUAUAAAAGUUGUAAGUAGAAAGGUUUAUAUUUCAUCUUAAUUCUUUUGAUGCUGUAAACGUACUUUCUAAAAGAUGGAUUAUUUGAAUGUUUAUGGCACCUGACUUUAAAAAAAAAACAAAAAAAUUAGAAUCAUUAAAUUGUGUCCAUGUCACCAGAA